AUGUUUCACGAAACGGCCGUGCACAGCUCUCCCUUCUUCCGUUUCCGCUCGUCUCCUGAGGAGGAGCAGAAUGUGCAACAAGCCGACAGUGGAUGUUACACUGCAGCUGUUAUUGGGGAAGAAAUCACUUAUGUGGGUAAAUACAGCGUCACAGUUCAAGAUCCAGUGUCUCCGGUUAAUGGGACAGUGGACUUACUCUCCUCCAGCUCCGACUCCUGUAACCUCACAGUGACCUGCAGCACACAGGACUCCCAUCACAUCAUCAGCACUUUUAGAUGUGACACCAACACCUGCAGCCAGGACGAGGGAGGAGAGAGGUCAAAGGUCACGACCUCUGGCGCCUCCCUCCGUGUCUACCUGUCCGAAGCCUUCUCAGUUAUCUGUAGCCAUAGCAACCAGGUCAGCUCGGACGAGCACAUAACAAUUAUAAGAGACUUUUGUUUCUUAAUUCCUGCCCCUGAACCACCGGGCGCUUUCAUCGCCUUUGUCAUUAUCACUGUCAUUAAGGUUUUGGUGAUAAUUGCCAUAUCAGCAGCUUUUGUUGGCCAUCAACUAAAAGGAAAACAUGAAAGUGUGGACAAGGAAGAAACUGUGUACGAAAAUGUUCAGAACAACUAUGAUGGAAGGGUCGAGAUCUUUCUCCAAAAUCACUCUUUGCUUUUGAAGAAUGUGCAACAAGCCGACAGUGGACGUUACACUGCAGCCGUUUUCGGGGACAAGGACACUUAUGUGGGUAAAUACAGCGUCACAGUUCAAGAUCCAGUGUCUCUGGUUAAUGGGACAGUGGACUUACUCUCCUCCAGCUCCGACUCCUGUAACCUCACAGUGACCUGCAGCACACAGGACUCCCAUCACAUCAACAGCACUUUUAGAUGUGACACCAACACCUGCAGCCAGGAGGAGGGAGGCCAGAGGUCAAAGGUCACGACCUCUGGCACCUCCUUCCAUGUCUACCUGUCCAAAGGCUUCUCAGUUAUCUGUAACCAUAGCAACCAGGUCAGCUCGGACGAGCACACAACAAUGAUUAGAGACUUUUGUUUCUUAAAUCCUGGUAACUGA